AUGGCUUCUGCUGCUGCUGCAUGCACUCGCGCUGGCCAUCUCGGUGCUGCUGCUGCUCAGCCCGAACAAGCUGUUCAACCAACACAGCGGACUGGCCACGGUGUCGCUCAACAGCACGCUGCUCGUAUCGCCGCUGUCAGACGAAUGGCCGGCUGCAGGUUCUCCACCCAGCUCAAUCAAUUCGACCGCAUCAAGCACGGAAUAGGUAGCGACACACAAAAGAUCCUCGACGGUGGAGCCGGCUUUCGUUACGAUCCGCGCGGUCCACGGCGUUUCAUCGGGCCCCUUGAGGCUCUCGGCAACUCAGUCAUGUCCAGUAUCAUGCGGUCAAAGCUCAGCUACGAGAUCGGAGGCGAUGCGAAACAAUGA